AUGUCCGAGAAUACGAAUCCCCGUAAAAGACUCAUCAUUAAGUUGAGUUAUCCUCCUGGAUCAAGAACCACGGAUGAAAACAAGAGAAGGAAGAUGGAAGAUUCUGUAAAACCAAUGGUAACAUGUCAUUGGGUUGAUUCAAAUUAUCGUACCAAAUCAUCAGCUUUGUCUCAACCAAAGAAUAAUGACAAUGUUGUUGAAGACAACCAAGUUUCCAAAACAAGAGCUUUGUCUCAACCAGAGGUUGUUGAAGACAAGAAGAUGAUCAAGAACCAAGUUUUCAAAACAUCAGCUUUGUCUCAAACAAAGAAUAAUGAUAAUGUUGUUGAAGACAAGAAGGUGAUCAAGAAUCAAGUUUCCAACAGAGUUAUGCCUAAUAACAUUGAUGUUGAAAACAAGAAGAUAAUCAAGAACCAAGUUUCAAAAACAGAAAUAGGUUUUAACGGUGGGGAAGAGUGUGGGUUGAAGAAGAAACCGAUGGAGUGUGUUAAGAGGAGGCAAUGUUGGUUGAUAUUGAAGAGAAUGAUGGUCGAUAGAGAUGGGUGGGAUUUGAAAGAUCCUCCAAAAAUAGCAAUGAUUGAUAAGUCUGAGUCAAAGUCAAAAGGAAUUGGUUUGAAGGAUAUUGAGAGAAAAUUGAGGCUGUAUGCAACACCUGAUGAGUUUGCUAGUGACAUAAGGCUUGUGUUCUCAAAUGCAAUGCUCAUGUAUCCUCCAAGGAAUCAUAUCUACCGAAUUGCAAAAAAGUUCAGUGAGAAUUUCGAACUUAAAUGGAAGUCAUUGAAGGAUGCGUGGAAACUUGAGGAUAGAGGAAGAAGCAAGACUCACAACAGUACAAGAUAUUUAUAG